GAGGAGCGGAGGGGAUUCAGAACCAGCUCCGCCGCUGGGUGGUUCGGGGCGUUCUGCGCGCCCUUCCUUGAAGCGGCGGUGGCCGGGCUGGGUGCCGGGAGUGGGAAGCGACGGCGCGGCUGGAAAAUGCCUGUCCACUCCCGAGGGGAUAAGAAGGAGACGAAUCAUCACGAUGAGAUGGAGGUGGACUACGCCGAAAAUGAGGGGAGCAGUUCCGACGACGAGGACACGGAGAGCUCGUCGGUCUCCGAGGAUGGGGAUAGCUCAGAAAUGGAUGAUGAAGACUGUGAAAGAAGAAGGAUGGAAUGUUUAGAUGAAAUGUCCAAUCUUGAAAAACAAUUUACUGAUCUCAAAGACCAACUUUAUAAAGAACGAUUAAGUCAGGUGGAUGCAAAACUACAAGAAGUCAUAGCUGGAAAGGCACCAGAGUAUUUGGAACCAUUGGCAACUUUACAAGAAAACAUGCAAAUCCGUACAAAGGUAGCAGGAAUCUAUAGAGAGCUCUGCUUAGAAUCUGUAAAGAACAAAUAUGAAUGUGAAAUUCAAGCUUCUCGGCAGCAUUGUGAGAGUGAAAAGCUUUUGUUAUAUGAUACAGUCCAGAGUGAACUAGAGGAGAAGAUAAGAAGGCUUGAAGAGGAUAGGCACAGCAUUGACAUUACCUCGGAGCUAUGGAAUGAUGAGCUUCAGUCAAGAAAAAAGAGGAAAGAUCCUUUCAGUCCUGACAAAAAGAAGCCAGUCGUUGUUUCAGGUCCUUAUAUAGUUUAUAUGCUACAAGAUCUUGAUAUUCUUGAAGACUGGACAACAAUUAGGAAGGCAAUGGCUACACUGGGUCCACACAGAGUGAAAACUGAGCUUUUUGAACUGAUCCCUUUAGCACCUGUGAAGCUGGAAAAACAUCUGCACAGUGCCAGGUCUGAAGAGGGAAGACUAUAUUAUGAUGGUGAAUGGUAUAUACGUGGACAAACAAUAUGUAUUGAUAAAAAAGAUGAAUGUCCUACAAGUGCCGUAAUUACAACAAUUAACCAUGAUGAAGUUUGGUUUAAGAGGCCUGAUGGAAGCAAAUCUAAGCUUUACAUUUCACAGCUACAGAAAGGAAAAUAUUCAAUUAAACAUUCGUAAUCAUGAUUUAAGUGUUAUCUAAAUCUACCUUGUUAGUGUUACCACGUGUUAUGUGCCACAGGAGUAAAAAAAUGUAUUCAAUAACUUAAAAUUCUCAUCAAAUCAUGAGAAAAUGUGUAUUUGUUGGUAGUAUUCUAAGUAGACCUCAUAUUGAUAUGUUAUUAAAAGAAACAAUAAUAAAAGUUUAAUCAUGAUCAUUACAUUUAUUUGACUCUUAGGUCCAGUGACCAAUAAGUAAAUAUGGUAGGAGUUUCUUACCUAAACUUUUUUCUUUGGUUUAAAAAAAAUUAUGCAAAUUUGUCUUAUCUUUCAUGUACCAUGUUCCUAAAUGGCUUUAUUUAUCUGCAUUUCUUUUUAUUUCCCCUAACUUUGUCAUUCAUUGUGUAUUUGUAAAUAAGGCUGAUAAAAUGUUUCCUAUAAAUGGUUUGUACUAGUACAUUAUCAUUAAAUCAGAAUUGGAAUUUAAACAUAUAUAUGUGAGUAUGUAUAUAUGGCCUCAUCAGCUUAUUUAGAACUGAUGGCCUUAAUUUACAAUCUUGUUUUACCCAAAGUUAAGGUAUUGGGUUCGAAAGCUAAAAGGAGCACUUUUGUAGGCUAGCAGCUUCUCCUCUUCCUUGAUCAUAUGGUGUUGACCUAUUUUUACAAAUUAUACUUAAUGUUAAUUGCUAAAAUUAGUGUUAAGUAAUAACAUGCUUCUACCUGUAUUUCUUGUAAACCCUUAGAGGGCAGGUUUUUAUGCCUGGUAUUUAUGAUACAGUAAGUAUGUAAGCAGUGAACAGUAACUGACAGUAUUGUGGUGCUUGCUGUACAUGUCUGAUCUUUUGAAACAGAUUUUUAGUAAGCAUUUUUCAGAGGUAAAACUAGGUCCUUAUUCUAAUUUUGUUCCUAAGGCAAAAUAGACAGGGAUAACUUGCUUGAAUCUGUUCCCAAAUUAAUAUUUUUAUCUUUGGUGUUUUUACACUUUAAGGCUAUUUGGUGCAAUUUAGAAAGUGUUGGCCUUCCUUCCUUUAGCCACAUUCAGAAUUAACUUUCAAAGCCUCAGGAACAGUAAGAGGAGUUGAAACCCUCAGUAUGACAGCAUAAUUUGAUGGCUGUAAUAUAUAUUUAGGGUACAAGCAAAACAAGUAUUCCUGGAAGUCUUGUGCACUUUAAUUUCUGUUAAAAUGAGACGAGAGAGGAUAGGGAAGAAAUCUAGUUAACACAUAGGGCACGAUAUCUGCAUUAUUCCGUUUGUUUUCUUAACUAUUUUACCUCUGCAAACAUCUCUCUGUGCAGAUCACUACUUCACAGUUGCCAAAUUUUAAAAUAUUUGAAUUCUGAAAUUCAUUAUCAAUAGUUAUUUCACUUUGUUCUGUUUCUAAUUAAUCUUAGCAAAUGUACAUAAUGUGUAUUCCAAUAGUAUUUGGCAGUACUUAUGUAUACAAUGUUUGAUAAGCAUUUUUAAAUAAGAUUUGUAUUUUUAAAUUUAGUAAAAUAAAAAGAUGUGUUUGAGUGUCAUUUGUAGUGACAUGAAUUAUUGAUGCACAUUUAGUUCUUUUAUUAUUUAAAAACUGUCCAUUUCUAAGAAGGAUUUGAGCCAAUUUACAGUAAUAGAUGUGGAGUGUUGGAGUGCUUAACAAAUGUUUCUGCU